UCAGCUUUGAGAGCUCUGUGAAUUCACAUUUGUUGACACGUUGCUGGGCAACACCUGGGAGAGGAGAGGGAGACUCCCAUUUCCAUGGCAUCAGAAAAUUCUAACCUUUCAAGCCCUGUUGUUGGUAACACAGCAGGGGGACUAUAAUGUGGGGGUUUAAGUGCUGCGAUCACAAGAAUCAUCUUCAUAUGCCAGAAUGAUGUCUGGAUUUUCAAAUUUGUUACAUCUGUGGUUGUGAACUUGUCUGCCAGUCAACCCUGAAUCAGAAAUGCAUGGAAGGAUGGUGUCAUGGAGAUAAAAACAAAAAAACCAACCCAAAACAAAACAAGAAAGCACAGAAAAAGCAAAUCAAAACCACUUGAACUGGAAGAUCAACUGGAUAUGGUAUUAAAGCAUCUGCUGUGUUCAGCUCAGGGAAGUGAAGUCAACAAAAGUGAGCGUCACACUAAACAAAAGACCUUCUCAGUUUCUCAAGUCCCCCUGUGUAAAGUAGAGAGAGAGCAUUCAUGGAACAUUGUAUUCUUAAUGGAAACAACUGGAAAGAAAAAGAAUUUGAGCAAAAAUAAUAAAACUCUGCCAAGUGCUGGAGAGGCCCCCGCUAAUAUCUCUACCAUCCUGCCUUCAAAACAGGUUGCAACAUACAGUGCGUCAAAUCUUCCCACAGUUUUGCCAGCAAUAGUGAGUGCAGAUUCCACAGUAAAAACAGGCACUGGGAAGAAGAGACCAGGCACAGUAAUAUUAUCGAAACGGUCAAGUACUUCAAGCAUGUCUCAGAGUCAGCUGAAACGACCAGUCAUUCCACCAAGGAGACCUGGCUUUAAGGUGUGCUAUAUCUGUGGGAGAGAAUUUGGGUCACAAUCUCUGGACAUCCAUGAGCCCAAAUGCUUGGAGAAGUGGCAUAUUGAAAAUGAGAAAUUACCAAAGCAUCUCAGAAGACCAGCACCCAGUAAACCUCAGGCUCUAACUGGUGGUUCCUAUGAUAUUAAUGCCGCAAAUGAAGCGGCAUACCAAAGUGCUCAGGCCCAGCCCAUGCCUUGUCAUAACUGUGGACGCAGUUUCCUUCCUGACCAUCUCUCUGUGCACCAAAGGAGUUGCAAACCAAAGGACAAUGGUCUGGGCCCUUCAUGCUCCAAUACCACUAGAUCUGUGAGAGGUUCUAGCUCUGGCCUUGCAGCACGCAACAAUCAAUCUAGUAAAGGUGAACGAAAAGGUGGGGCUGCACCAGCCAUACCAGACAAGCCCCCUGUGAUAAGACGGCCACCAACAGUUAUUUGUUACAUAUGUGGCCGUGAGUAUGGAACUCAAUCUAUUGCCAUCCAUGAGCCACAAUGUCUGAAAAAGUGGCACAAUGAGAAUGACAUGCUACCCAAACACCUACGAAGACCUGAACCCAAAAAGCCAGAAGUCAAAUCCAUACAAGCCCAUGGUUUCUAUGAUCUUGAUGCUUUAAAUGAGGCUUCCUGGAACAGUGCCCAGAGCCAGUUAGUUCCCUGUGAUAUUUGUGGGCGUACCUUCCUACCAGACAGACUGAUUGUCCACCAGCGCUCUUGUAAACCGAAACCAGCAAAGUAAAGUGCCCUUGCGCAGAUGCACACGUCCCAGCCAAAGCAUAAGAGGAAUAAAAUCCGGACAAAAAGAAGAGGACGGAGCCCCAGUGCACUGUCAAAUCACAUGAUCCAAAUAUCUCCUAUGUAAGAUUAACAGUAGCCACUAGAAUGUAGGUCAAAUACAGCAAUGUUUAGCACACCAUUAUAGAAAUGUAGAAUAUCAUUUUAUUUCUGUGCUCUAAGAGGUAAAGCUUCAAAUGCAUACGUAAGGGAGUACUAAGGUGGCUUUAAAUUAGUUGCAUCCCCUCUUGAUCCUGUGCUAUUCUUCAGGGCUGGAAACACCAAUUACAGAAGUCUCUCUAGGCUUGUCUAUGGUCUCUAGUGUUUCCUGGAGUCUCUACAGCACUGUGUUUUGCAGCCCUAGCCUUUACAUGCCUCUGACAACACUUUUUUCAGAACUAGCCAGGGUUUCUAUGGUUGUCUUCCACCAAAGAAAGGUUACUCCAGAACUCCAGGAAGUUGUAGCAUCCCUUUAUGUUCUUCUGGCCUUUAGCC